AUGCAGGACUUCUCAGCUUUCGUAUCCUGGCCGUCCGCCCCUCUGACAAACUCUUUGGUCAGUAAGGCCUUGGAUCGUCUCUCAACACCGCCUAAGCUUGUAGACUCGCCCCAAGGACACACUCGCUUGCUGCAAUGGUCAACCUACGACGAUAUUGACCAUGACCUUACCCAUUCUGAAGCGGGCGUUUUGGCAUCGUCGUAUACCAUCCGUAAAGCUCUGAUACGCAAACAUUACCUUGCACGCUGCAUACACGCAUAUACCACCAAGCAUACUACCUCCAAGCUCGUGCGAUCUGUACCACGGUCAUGGGACAUUGAAAUCAGCUUCGCGGAUGAACUGGAGGACAUGUGGACAGACGAGCUCUGGGAUCUGGCGCAAAAUAUGGCUCCCGAGAGGUGGUGGAUACUGAAGCCCGGAAUGGCAGACCGCGGGAUGGGCAUAAGACUUUUCAACAGUCAGGACGAUCUUCAGCGCAUUUUUGAGGAGUUCGAGGGCGAUAGCGAUGAGGAAGAUGACGAGGGAGAGGGGGCAACGGCUGUCGUGACUUCGCAGCUGCGACACUUCGUGAUCCAAGAAUAUAUACCGAACCCCCUCCUCAUGGACCCGAACGAUAUUCCGUUGCAACCGUUAUCCGGUUCAGAUAACGGCAAAAGUCGCCAAGGCCACAAGUUCCACCUUCGUGCAUACUGCGUUGCCUCCGGCGCUCUCACAGUGUACCUCUACACGCGUAUCCUGGCGUUGUUCUCUGCAGUGCCCUACACCACCCCGACUCCACAAGAUGGGAAACACGGUGCAGACAUUGAUCUCACCCCCCACUUGACGAACACGUCUUUGCAAGCUCAUCGCGGCGAAGAGGGCGUGCGCCUCCUUGAUGAGCUAGCUGGGCAUCGGGUCUACUCAACGCCAUCGAGAGAUGAUGGUGUAACAACCACGCUCAAGGAAGAAGAUAUCGCCGACAUCAAGGACCAAAUAUCAGCAAUACUGGGUGAAACGUUUAAAGCGGCACAGGCCACGCCAAUACAUUUCCAGGCCCUGCCGAAUGCUUUCGAGCUUUUUGGAAUCGAUUUCCUCGUUUCGGAUAACUCGGGCUCUGUCUCCUCGGAGUCUCCGGACGACCAAUCGAAAUUCCAGGUCCAUCUGCUUGAAGUCAAUUCGGAGCCUGCGAUCGAGCUCACGGGUCCUCGUCUGCAUUGGAUCCUCGAAGAUCUAUUCGUUUCCAUUGGGAAGGUGUGCGUUGAGCCGUUCUUCGGUGAUCACAGUGUCGAGGAUUGGAAUUUGAACGAGACUCGGUUCUACCUUAGGAAAUGCUUGGACGUAGAGCAAAUGUACAGAUAG